CGUGGCCGCGCCGGGUGGCCGGCCCUGAGCGCCGGCGGGCGCGCACCAUGAACUCUUGGGACGCGGGCCUGGCGGGGCUGCUGGUCGGCACGAUGGGCGUCUCGCUGCUGUCCAACGCGCUGGUGCUGCUCUGCCUCCUGCACAGCGCGGACAUCCGCCGCCAGGCGCCGGCGCUCUUUACCCUCAACCUCACGUGCGGCAACCUGCUGUGCACCGUGGUCAACAUGCCGCUCACUCUGGCCGGCGUCGUGGCGCAGCGACAGCCGGCCGGCGAUCGCCUGUGCCGCCUGGCCGCCUUCCUCGACACCUUCCUAGCCACCAACUCCAUGCUCAGCAUGGCCGCGCUCAGCAUCGACCGCUGGGUGGCCGUGGUCUUCCCGCUGAGCUACCGCGCCAAGAUGCGCCUCCGUGACGCCGCGCUCAUGGUGGCCUACACGUGGCUGCACGCGCUCACCUUCCCCGCCGCCGCGCUCGCCCUGUCCUGGCUGGGCUUCCAUCAGUUGUACGCAUCGUGCACGCUGUGCAGCCGGCGGCCGGACGAGCUCCUGCGCUUCGCCGUCUUCACCGGCGCCUUCCACACGCUCAGCUUCCUGCUCUCCUUCGUCGUGCUCUGCUGCACCUACCUCAAGGUGCUCAAGGUGGCCCGCUUCCACUGCAAGCGAAUCGACGUGAUCACCAUGCAGACGCUCGUGCUGCUCGUGGACAUCCACCCCAGUGUGCGGGAACGCUGUCUAGAGGAACAGAAGAGGCGGCGGCAGCGCGCCACCAAGAAAAUCAGCACCUUCAUAGGGACCUUCCUCGUGUGCUUUGCACCCUACGUCAUCACCAGGCUGCUGGAGCUGUCCUCCACGGUGCCCAUCAGCUCGCACUGGGGGGUGCUGUCCAAGUGCCUGGCCUACAGCAAGGCUGCGUCCGACCCCUUCGUGUACUCCUUACUGCGACACCAGUACCGCAAAAGCUGCAGAGAGAUUCUGAACAGGAUCCUCAACAGGCGUUCCUUCCACCCCUCGGGCCUCACAGGUGACUCCCACAGCCAGAACAUUCUGCCAGUCUCUGAGUGAAGGAUGCCACUCCUACUGGAGAGUUUGGAGUGAGACAGCUGGUGAGAAGGCAGGGAGGGCUUGGGGCUCCUGGGCGGACACCAUCAGCCGCCACCUUCCUGGCAAGCCCCGUGAUUCCGGUUCCCUGGUUUAUAGGGGCUCUGAAGGCUGCUUCCUGGUUCCUCAAGAGCAGAUGUUGAACGCCCCUAUUUAUCACCAAAGGAUGACGGUGGGAUGUGCUCUGGCUCUUCUUUCUGAGAAGCUCCUUUGAGCUCCUAGACUCACCAGAGGCUCCCAGAGAUGAGUCUCAGUCCAGUCUUCAUGAAGGACACACAGUGCUGGUGGCAGGUGGGGAAGCAUGGCGUCCACCUGCUUCCUAACCACUGGAUAUUGGGCUCCAUGCUGAAGAAAAGCGGUGGUCUCCAUGGAAUAUCAGUCAUGCUGAAAGUGAGGUUGGCAGUGGCCGCUGGGCCCCACAUCCAGCAUGGCUGCUCUUUCCUACAGGGUCGUGGUGGCUGCUUUAACCCAAAUAUUAUUCAGCUGGUACUAACUAAAUUGUGCUCAGCUAGGACUCUUGGGUCCUGUGCCCAAGGGGAAAAUGCGUAACAACCAGUGGCUAGCCGAUUGUUGCGGACCAGUUGUCUUAGAAAUGCUCAUACUGGAUUCCACUCUUGUCCCUCCCUUCCCCCCAAAAGCUAACAUUUGUGUGUAUAGACACUCUUAGCAUGAAAAUGGUUUAAAUAGGCAGGUAAUACAUGUAAUAAUGUUCUUUAAAGUCUGACCUUGAAGUCACCUUCUUCUGAUUUACAGGCCAUUAGCGUUGGAGCCAAGGAGAGGCAGGAGGAAAGUGGUUGGCUGGUCUCCCUCCCCAAUUUGUGACCUGAAUUUGCAGGAAGCAUUUUACUUUGUCUCACACAUCUUGUCUGGCACGUCCUUUGAGAUGGAUGGACAAGAACUGACCGGAUCAGGGUUUUAGCCUUGAUUUUAAAGCACAGGCUUCCAUUAUCCUGGUGGCUCAAUACCUUCAUUUCUAGAAGUCUAUCAACAGAAAGCAGAGGCUGCCAGAGGUGACUGAGAAAGUGCCCUGUGCUAAUGAUGAGAGAGUAAAGUUUUUAUUGAAAACCAUAACUAAAAUACAUAUGCCAAUCCAUUAGCAGUUCUCAUCUUGAUUUAAUAAAAACCAAGGUGAAUGGACCAUGCUUUCUGCUCAUCCCGUCUGUGUUCACCAUUUCAAAUUAAUGUACGAAUGCGAAGAGCAGUUAUUUCUCAGUCCUCUAAGUGAUUCCUCCAGAGUGGAAAGGAUGGGGAGACAGCUCCACACACCCUAACUUUGCAGGUGUAACGGGGAGCGCAGGGGUUCACCAGGGUGAACUGGGAAGAGCCUGUCGCUUUCACUGCCAGGUGGCCCCAGUCUUGAAAGAAAGGGAAAUAUUGUGCAUGUCUAUUUGGAAAGAUGUCAAGUCAACCUUAGCUCCUCAUUUAGAAAACAAAUAACUGAGCUGGGCCUAGUCUUGUCUAGUUUCAAGGUUUCCAUGGAGACUGGAAAAGAGACAGAUGUAGCUUCCGAGGCCUCUACACCUUCUGCUUGCAGCUGGGGGUGUGCUUGCACCUGCUUGGAAGAGCCACUGGGGCACGACCAUCCCAAUUCCGUCUUCACGAAUGUGACAUUGGUAGCUUGAAAUCAGCCACGAUGGGACUAUUUAUAGCAAGAAAAUCAGCAAAUGCUACAAAUCGGGUCUUUUCUGCUCCGAGACCUGGUUGUUAGACAUCACCAGUGCACCCCUGCCCAGAGCUGACUUUGCGUGUUACUGAACCAAAUUCCUAUGAUUCAGAACGCAUGCUGCUCUCAAGUUGGAAUCACAGCAGACAUUCAAUUGGGUGGCAAUUUCCUAGUAACAAGCAGCUGUGUGUCCACCUUCCAUUGUCCCAGCACCAAAAGUACCAAUGAGAUUGAAAACAAGCAUGGGACCAAGAAAAUACGCACAAAUACUCUCAGAAUUUGGCAAAGAGGCGUUGUGACUCAGUGGGUCAGGUCAGUACACAGUCAAGUUCAAGCAGUAAAAUAUGUUGCCAUCAAAGGCAGAUUGUGUCACAUCCUCUUCCUGCUCACUCUGUAUAGGCAGCAGAUAGUCCUGAAGCAACCAGGUAUCUUUACCUCUUCUUUAGCUAAGAAACAAAAUCAGUCACUUAGAACGCCGCAUAUCUUGAAAAGAUGCUUUCAUAAUUUUCACUGACCCCCUAGGACUGCUAAAAACCCAAGAAUGCCAGUUGUAUUGGCAUCAGAUAGACAAACCCCCAGAUAAAUCCAUUGAUUGAGGGUUUUCGUUACUAUUUAGACACAGGUAUUAAAAUCCGAGGAGAAGUGGGAAGAGAAUCAUGGAGUUAGCAACCAGCAUCUGCCAACUUGGCCAGAAUGAACUUGAGAUGCAGGUUUAUAUUCAUCUAUAGACAGUCUAUAAAAUCUGCCCCUGCUUCAUUAUUCCCAGGUGAAUUAUCUACCUCAUUUGGUUGUUUAAGGUAUCAAACAUCACACGGUUUUCUCAGGUGAAGCACUUAGAGACAUCGGGGCCAGCGUCUAUGUCACCCGGCCUGGGUUUCUCUCCUUGACUUCAGUCUAGUGCACGGUUUGAUGUAGAAAGCCCAAAUGCUGGUGGACAGCUGGAUGAGGUGAAAGCACUUUAAGAAGCUUGAAAAUAAAGCCUGGACUGGAGAGGCUAUCAAAUUCCUGAACCUACAGAUAGCACACAGUUCCCAGCCCUACAUGGCCAGAAUUUGUAGAUUUAUACCCAGCUCACGAUGUCUUUUUCAGUCGCUCUGCAACUACGCUAGCUUUUCUUUAUGCUUCUUCUUGAAGGAGGGGAUUUCAGAGCCCUGAGACUUACUUACUAAGGGACUGUCAACUCAGAUGAGAGUCCUGGCAUUUGGGGUUUGCGUGUGUCAUGGUCAGCUGACCUCCCAAAGAUGGUUCACUAAAAGCCUGCCUGUUUUUACUUAGAAAUCAGCUGGGGGGAGGAGAGGAAGUUGACUUGAGUCAUCUCAUACCAACUGUAUAUUCCUUCUAGCACUCAGCUCAGUCUUCUGUCAUCACGAGCAAUAAAC